AUGCGAACGAAUUUUAAUCGCGUUCGACUGUGACUUUUACGUAUCGUGUUACGGAAUACUUGUACCCUACGGUCGUAACAAAUUUGUAUACUUCGUUACGUAUCAGACAAGAUGAGCGAUAGCGCAGGAAUUGAGCGGGAGAAGCACAUGAAACAAUUAAAGCGUUUAAUGGAAUGGUGCCGUGAAGCAAUACUUUUAUUGAAUUCCAUCCUAUUAUGGGAACGGUCUUGGUACCCCGGUCUUAUAGUUGGAACUACGAGUACGAUAUUCUUUCUGAUAUGGGUAUUGGAGCCUGCUCUGCUUACGAUAAUAUCCGUAUCGCUUCUUGUAUUGGCAUUGGUCGAUUAUCUCGUAUCGCCUUUGACUGCCCUUCUGUGUAGCAGUUGGACGGGCCAAAAGGAGCGAAAGUUGAAUGAAAUUUGUCAGAAUUUAUCCGUAACACUUUUACAGUUACAAAAUCUGUGGAGAUCUAUGUUGCAAGUACGAAACGAUCGUCCCAACCUUUAUUACGUAGGACUAAUAGUUUGCCUCACUAUAUGUAUAUGGGUUGGUAAUGCAAUCAACAAUUUACUUUUAUUUUAUAUCGCAGUGAACGCCAUUUUACUUAUGCCAGGACUUAGACGCAAAGGACGCGCGAUGUUGUCCAUAUCGUUCGUUCGCGAUUACGUGUCCCACGCUGAAAAGACAUAAUCAUAGUUUGAAACGGUGGUGAACGAUAGUCGGGGAGAGGCUCGUUUCGAUCGGGAAAGCAAUUGUGCCUGACAAGUGAGGUAUACGUACCCGAUUAGAAAUUAACUAGUGCGUCUGUUACGAACCGCGGGAUCGAAAGUGCUCGGAGGUGAAUCUAUUGAGUGAAUCCGCGAGCGGAUGCAGUGGAGAAAGUGGUUGGAGCCGGUGCAUGGUCAGACGAUCAGUGGUGAAAAAAGAGGAAGAAAAAUAGAAGCAAAAAACGAGCACCACACGAUUGGGAAUUAUGUGACGAGCAGAUGUCAUCAUGGGAAUUCAAAGCACCGCUCAGUUCGUCGAGAAGUACCACCAUAUUAUCGGUGAGAAACUAUUUUAGUUAUUUUAUGUUAUUGUUAGUGG